AUGUCCAGCUUCAACAUUUUUCGGCAUUUACACGAACGAGAGAAUGGAGUUCGUAAAGAGCCUCGUACAAUCGAUUUGGAAGACGGAGAAACAGAUUCCGAUCCCACCGAUGAGCCGGUAGUUAUCGCUUGCAAACUAGCGCAAAAAAGAAAAUCUUCGUCACUAGAAUCGCUUGACGAGCCUGAAACUAUGAUAAAAACUACGAAAACAAAUGUUCAAAGUACUUCCCCAACGGAGAUAAAAGUCGAUCCGGACGUUAUAACGCUUUCGGAUGACGAGGAUACGCCAAAUCUCUGGUCAAUCGAUCGCUCAAGAAACGAGACUUCGGAGAAAGAUGUGCUUUAUGUUUUACCGCCUCGUGAGAAGAAGCAAUGUCGAAAAAAUACAAAAACUCCAAAUGAAACGACGAAAUUUGUGGCCGUCUUAACAGGGACGUCUACAUCUUGUGGGGCUGGAACUAUGCUAAAUGUUAAGGACAAGACUCUUAUUUCAACGGAUGAUUACGUAUCUGACGAAUGCGCUAAAUACUUUGAAGACCUAAUAGUGCCGGGUUGCUCAAAAAAGACUCCGGGCGGCAAAAAUCAUGCUACGAAGGGUGAUUACGUAGCAGAUGGGUACGCUAAACAUUUUGAGGAUAAGAAGCCAUCUUUAGUUGUUGAAGUUUCAUCACCCCAUUUGCUCGUUUCACCAAAUCAUGAGAAAAUUUAUAAGCAUGCCGACGUUGACAAUUUAACUUUUGCUACCCGCAAAUACCAUAAAGAAGACGCGCGACGUUUCGAGUUUGCCAAGCCACCUCCACCCAGUGAUGACUUUUCAAGGAUUCGUCUGUGCUCAUACAACGUUCUUUGUCAGUCGACUGCCGAAUCUACGAUGUAUCUAUAUCCACAUAUGAAAUCUGCGAAGCACCAAUGGAAAAUGGGGUGGGCGAAUCGCUCAAAACACUUGAAAACCGAACUCGGGAAACUAAAUGCUGACGUUUUUGGCUUGCAAGAGGUCGAGGCUGACAAAAUCGAGACGUUUUAUGAACCGGUUUUCAAAAACCUUGGAUACACAACUUUCUACAAGAAGAAAACCGGAGAAUUUGUGGAUGGUUGUCUUUUGGCUUUUCGCACGUCUCGAUUCGCGAUCAAGAAAUACGAGGAAGUUGAAUAUUUUCUCGGCGAAAUGAUGGAUCGUCAUCAAAUUGGGCAAAUUUGCAUUGUGACGGAUACUCAAAGCGGCCAAGAUCUUUGCUUUGCGAACACGCAUUUGCUUUUUAAUGAGAAGCGUGGUGAUAUCAAACUUGGACAAUUGGCGAUUCUCUUUGCGGGCAUUCAUAAGUUGAUGAAUGAUUAUGGAAAAGACGUUCCCGUUUUUAUUACGGGGGAUUUUAAUAUUCAGCCGUUGUCUCCGAUUUAUCGAUUUAUCACAAGAGCAAGAGUUCAUGUUGCCAACCUAUCGCGUCAUGAACUUUCGGGACAGAUCAAAUGUGGCUCCUCACCGGCUAUUGCAAAGACUACGAUUUUGCCAGUGUCAUGUGGUGUGACGAGACACUCAACUUAUGCUUCGAAAAAUAGUCUACCUGAUGGCGAGUGGGAACAUCCGUUUAUGCUCGCAUCCGCGUACGAUCACUUAGCUCCCGAUGGAGAAGAAGCCGUUUCUACUUAUCAUACGGGCUCGGGCAACCCCGACUUCAUUUUUUAUUCGGUUGACAACGUGCAAUCUAUCAACGACGAGAAAGUGGAAGUUAAAGAAAUGGAAAAAAUUCAGCUGGUUACACGACUUACUCUACCAUCGAAAAAUUUCUUGCAAAGGACAUUGGGCUGUUGGCCAAAUCUCUACGUCCCAUCGGACCACAUUCCCUUGCUGGCCGAAUUUGCUAUCAAAAAAGUAACCGAUACGUCGAGCCAAUCAAAUUCGCAAGAUGUUUUGUAUGUGCUU